AUGAAACCACCGUUCAAGAUGACGACAGAGUGCUCCAACAGUUCUUCAGCACGGUAUCGAAAGAAAACGGCAGGUAUACUGUUGCGCUCCCAUGGAAAACGUCUGCGUCCGGCUUACCGUGACAUUGCUGAACGUCGACUAAGGAGCUUAGUAAAACGACUGCACAAAGAGAAAAAACUUGAAGAAUACGACUGUGCUAUUCAAAAAUACAUGAGCGACGGUAUUGCUGAACAAGUAAGAGGAAAAAAAACGAGUGACCGGUUGUACUACAUGCCUCACCGUGCCGUAGUUCGGGAGGGAUCAACAUCAACAAGAGUGAGAGUUGUUUUUGAUGCGUCUUCCCAUGCAGCAGGGUGCUGUUCGUUAAAUGACUGUCUCGAAACCGGACCGAAGAUAAACUGUGACCUUCUAUCGACGCUACUGCGCUUCCGCCUGAACAACGUGGCCUUAGUUGCCGAUAUUGAAAAGGCCUUUCUGCAAGUCGCCGUUAGAGGUGAAGACAGAGACGCUCUAAGGUUCCUUUGGUUUGAGCAGCCACCCACCUCAAGCGAUUGUCUACCUAGUAUUUGCGAAUGGAGGAUGACACGGGUGCCCUUUGGGACGUCGGCAAGUUCCUUUCUGCUAGGAGCUACGGUGCUUCAUCACCUCAGGAAUGUCUCCGGACCUGAACAAGAAGUUGCGCAAAUGAUGGCAGACUCGUUCUGCAUUGAUGACCUGCUCACCGGCACCGAUACAGCAGAAGAGGCAAAAUGCAUCAUAAAGACCGCAACUGCCAUAAUGCGUGACGCUUGCAUGCCGUUAAAGAAAUGGGCAUCAAACUGUAGUGAAAUUCAAGAUCACGUCGAUAGCACGAAGUCGGGAGUUUCUCAACAUGAACUGAUUGGAGAUACCGAAGGUGACGAGACAGCUAGAGUACUCGGACUAACUUGGGACACCAGACUGGAUACACUGAAUUUCAAUGGACUGAACGUCCUCGAAGCACUCAGUCAAGUAGGCGACAGCAAACGCUCGGUGCUUCAGACAGUCGCGAAGAUCUUCGAUCCACUCGGAUUGGCCGCACCGUUCGCUAUCAAGGCCAAAAUGGUAUUUCAACAACUUUGGCAGCAAGGUGUGGGGUGGGACCAGCCAAUACCGGACAGAGUCAAGGGUGACUGGGACUCCUGGAAAGCAGAACUGGCGGAUCUACUUAAUCAAUGCGAGUCCACUAGCGUAUGGGACAUGUGCAUUCUCAGAUGUGAAGACUACGACGGUAACGUACAAUGUACGUUGAUUCUCUCAAAGGCUCGCCUAGCCCCUCUCAAGAAAUUAUCGCUUCCCAGGCUGGAGCUCAUGGGAGCUCUCAUUGCUGCCAGAACCGCAAAAUUUGUCAAACACGCGCUACGUAUGCCGUCUGUUCCGGCAUAUUUCUGGGCGGACUCCAGCAUUGCACUCACUUGGAUAAAAGGACGAGCUGCAAGAUGGAAGGUUUUUGUGUGCAACCGCGUAACGGAGAUUCAGGCAACGUCGACAGCGGAUCAAUGGCGGCACUGCCCAGGAAAACAAAACCCCGCGGACUGUUUGACGCGGGGCAUGACAAUUCACGCAUUGUUAAGGAGCUCGCACUGGUGGGAAGGUCCCAACUGGCUCAAGGACGGAGAGUCUCAGUGGCCAAAAUUUGAUGCUCCGUCCCGGACGGAAGAAUCGGACAUGGAAGCCUGCAGUAACUCUUCGCAGGUGAUGCACGUGACUCUCGAAAAAGUAGACCCCUAA